UUUACAAAUGUGUCGUAGUUGCAACAGGGAUUUGUCUAUGAGUUCCAAGUGAUUAUUUGUUCCGGCUAAAAUGCUGGAUUCGAUUGCCGCUCAUGUCCGUGCUGUAUUGCCACCGACUCUGGAAGAGUUUCCAACGGAGUUCGGUCCAGAGGUAGAGCAUAGCGUAGCACGGUGUGUGCGAGAGGCCGCAGAAUUUUUGUACCGAGGUGAUCCCGCAAGAUGCGCUGUUCUCGGAGCGUUACUGGUGGAUUACUGCUGGGAGAAGCUGAAUGCAAAGAGCUGGCAGGAUGUGUCCCGGGCUUGGCGGGCUGUCUAUUCUUAUGGCUGUCUGUUUAAGGUGGCGGGGUUAAGCAGCAAGGAGGAGGCUUUGCAGGUGUGUGACAUGGGGCUGCUGCUGGGGGCAGAGGUAAUUGACAACGUAUUGGGCCGGAUCAUCCACAGCCUACAACAUAGUACAAGUGACACUUCUGAUGGACUUGGGAUGCUUGAAAAUAAAGCGACCUCUGACUCCACAGCAGGUUUUUCUGCCAAAGGUCAGAAAAGGCUCCGUGAAGAAGAUGAGCAGGAGAAAGUCAGCACUUCUGAGAAAAUGCCUCGCCCACCUACUCCUGUCCUAACUUUAGAGACAAUGAUUCCAAAAGUCAACUGUCCCACCUUGGAAUUCUUCAAUAAAAAAUAUUUGAUUCUCCAAAAGCCAGUUAUAUUAGAAGGUGUUAUAGACCAUUGGCCAUGCAUGAAAAAAUGGAGUAUAGAAUACAUCCAACGUGUAGCCGGAUGCCGUACUGUUCCCGUGGAGCUGGGAUCCAGAUACACUGAUUCAGAAUGGUCCCAAAAGUUAAUGACUGUCAAUGAAUUCAUCAAUAAAUAUAUACUUAACCAGCAAAGCACUGUUGGAUAUCUUGCUCAGCACCAGUUGUUUGAACAGAUACAUGAACUUAAGCAGGAUAUUGGCAUUCCGGAUUAUUGCUGCCUUGGUGAAGGUGAUGAAGAUGAAAUAACCAUUAAUGCUUGGUUUGGCCCUGCAGGAACAGUAUCUCCUCUGCAUCAGGAUCCUCAGCAAAACUUCCUAGCACAGAUAGUUGGAAGAAAAUAUAUACGUUUGUACUCUGUGAAUGAAACUGAUAACUUGUACCCCUUUGAAAGUUCAAUUCUUCACAACACAAGUCAGGUCGAUAUUGAAAAUCCAGACACUGAGAAAUUCCCAAAUUUUUCAAAAGCAGAAUAUCAAGAAUGUAUUUUAUCCCCUGGGCAUAUCCUCUUUAUACCAAAGAAAUUCUGGCAUUAUGUUAGGGCUCUUGAUGUCAGCUUUUCAGCUAGUUUCUGGUGGUCAUAAAAAAAAAAUCAUUUAAAAUA